AUGCUCUCCCCGUUGCAGCAGCAAGUCGUCUAUAACUCGCUCUUCUCCGGCCUCGGGUCAGGGGCCAACUCCACCCCCUCGGUCUCCACGGGCAGUUCCAGCCAACCGUCCCAUGCAAGCAGACCCACCAGCCCCCCGGUGCCGGUCUCCACGUUUGCUCAACUCCCUGCUACUACCUCCCUCCUUGCCACCUCCCUCUAUCCUCUUCUCACGCUUGGUAUUGCUGGUGGGGCCGUCUCGGGUGAACUCGGUGCUGCUGCCUGGAGUGCCUUUCAACAGAGCCAGCUUGCCCAACAAAACGCCAGCAAUGGACAGCAAUCCCACUCCAGCCUGGCUGGUCUGUCCCAAAUGGGCCACCAAACGUCCGGUCUGAGCCAAAACAUGGGCCAGCCAUCCCUAGGGCAAGGCCUUCCGGGGCUACACAACCCUAAUCCCCCAAGCUUCAUGACCCAUUCUCAGCCCAUGAGUACCCUCUCAUCGGGCCUCGAAUCCGCGUCAGGGCUCCCAACUGCGGCUGGUCUCUCCCGAAUGGACUCGCCAUCGGGUCUUCCUCAAUCCCUCGAGUCGAUGCGCACGUCAUCCCCCAACACGGGUUCUUCUUCACCGCCGCGCUUCGACCCUUCUCGGUUCGAGAGCUCUGCACGGUUUGAUCCGCCAGCGAGUGCGUCCCGCUUCGAGUCUUCGAGCUCCCUUUUUGACCCUCCCGCGAACUCUCCGCACAUGCUUACAGGGACUCCUCCCGGGUUUGGCUCCUCCAACUCGUCGACGCCCGGGCUACCUGUCAGGCACAUCCCAGAAGCUCGUAGGAGUUCCGGCUCGAGCCGUCGAGACGAUGUUUUAUGA